GUUGGAAAUUGACCGUAGGGUGCCUAUUGGUUUUUUUCCCUAGCUUUUUUGCUUUUGUCUACGAACGAAAUCCUAUUUUUAAGUGAUCAAGUCAGGAUGAUUAUAUUACGUCCCUAUUUAGUGAAGUAUAAAUAUUUUUGAGCAGCAGGCUAAUCACCAAACCCUUGGGUUUAAUCUCCGUAGAACCAAUGAAUGUAUUAAAUAAUAAAACAAUAAGAGCUCGGUGUCAAGUGAUAUCUCCGCCCACUGUAGUACCGGAGACGAUUAAACGAUUACUGAGUCGGGAUGCACGCCACAUUGUCUGAAGUUUGAGGGGUCUGAUGCGGUUCUGUCGCGUGUGAUUGCUAUGGCUGGGGAAGGCGAGCGGGCUUCUCGGCCCAACUCCUUGCUACUAGAGACUGUGCCCCCGGAGCGCGAGCCGCUGCGUUUCGAUGUACAGCUGGUGGGUGCGCCGCCAGAAGUUGAGCAGCUUGUGAACAACAUAAAGCAAGUGGCUGAAGAUUUUUUGUAUCACUGGAAAACUUUUCCCAUAGUUCUUCCUCAAUCUUGUUUCACUGGCCCUGGCAACCGGCCUUCGGACAUCAUAGUCGCGCCGCCAUGCGACGAGCUGGACGCCGCCGCACUAGACGCGGGCUUGGAGCCGCAUCCGCUCUCUCCCAAGCAACUGCACGCCAUCAGGGAAAAGGGGGAAUUCGAGGUGCCCUCGCGCACGUUUCCGGGUCAGACGCACGUGUGGCGGGUAGCAGGGUGGCUGCAAAGGGGGCGCGCGCGAGCCCGCGAAGAUCUGUACUGUCACGUGGCUAGAGCUGUGGCCCUUAUUGUCAUAGUGGCGAGGGACAGAAUCCUGCGGGAUGAGCCGCUGUCUGUCAUCACCGGGGCCAAGUCGAUGCUCACGGGGCUGCACAGACUUUUAGAUCUCAUUUUCGGUAUGCCGUCCUUGGAAGCGCGUGAUCUGGAGAAAAAAAUACGCGAAGAAAGAUCACGCUACUUAGUAGCUGAGCUCAUCUGUAAGCCUGAAAAUCAGGAGGACAUCGCAGCAUUGGCAGCGUGGGUAACGCGCGCCAUGCGACGAGCGGCGUCAGAGAAAACCGACGCGCGACAAACGCCGCGCCCCGUGCCCCGCGUGCCCUGCCUCUACACCACGCCGCAGCGGACCAAGGUUGACCUGCGGCUGUACCGGCGCGAGUUACUACGUCGCGCGGCUGCACCGCUGCAAACGGUGUUGGAGCGCGAGUCCCGGGGCUGGUUCCUGCACUUCAGGGAACGACGCGCCGCUCAGCUGGCCAGUCAGAAGAUGCCCAUGAAAGAUAUUGAGGAGGAAGUUCGAGCAGCCGCGAUGCGCGAAUACGUAUCUCGGGUGUGUGAUGCCGUGCUGAGCUGCGAACAACUGCAGGCGCUAGGGCUAGACGUGCCGGAACUGCUGGCCGGCCAACUACGUGCCGCCGCCAUCUUGGCCAGAGCGGAAGAAGGCGUCCGCCGCAAACUAGAAGCUGGUUUAGCCACCGCUGAAGCAAGAAUAUGCGCUACCCAUCCAGUUCUAUGCACGGCUCGAGCGUGGCGACGGGAGAAAGUUGAGGCAGCCGCUUCUAGACUGAAGGAGGAACUUCAAUGGGCACAUUUAGAAGAUGCAGCCGCCGCUAUGAAUGCGCCCCGGCUUGCUCAGCAUCGAUACUUCCUGCUACGGGAUCUGGCCUUCCUGAGGGAGCGAGAACCUUUGUUAUUAAAGGAAUUACGAGCAGCGAAAACACCAACACGCGAGUUCACCUGGGCGACUCGAAUCUGGACGCCACAGAACUGGGUCGUAGUGCGUCAUUUCCGGGGACGAUCUGAAAGAAUUCCCACCGUAUUAAGUUCGAGAGCCACUUCCAUAGUGACGCCUCGAUCCGAUCCCUCCCAACCGGUGUUCUUAGCUGAGAAGGAUACUAGCAGAACUACCAGCACCCGAUGGCCUGGUUGGAGAUUGGUCAACCUUGCCCAUAGGACGUGGUGUUGGAGUUGGAACAUGAUGUUCGUGCUGGGUGUUCUGGUGCCGUGGUGCUCGCUGCUGUCUCUGCGCACGCUGCUCUGUGUGCGCCCCUUCGUGCCCGACUACGAGCUGUCGCAGGUGAAUGGCACUCUGUUCCCGAAACGCAGCAGUGAGACGCAGACGAUGUGGUCGCGGCUGCUCAAACUGUGGCGACACGUGUCCAAAGAGCGGACGCGCUUCGAAACGGAACCGGAUACUGGUUUAUUGGGCAAGGGGUUGAGCCGCCAAGCGAACAGAAUGUGGAACUACGGCGUAGUGGGCGGUCUGGGCUCCAUGUGCUUAUUGCUUCUAUUCCCGUUGGUGGCGUUAGUUACGAGUCUGGGAUCUUUACUGGGUGCCUUUGUGGUUCCUCUAUGGAUGCCCGUCCUCACACUGGCAGUACACGCCGGUAACGCCCUGCUGUACGAUCUGGACUGCCCCGCCCCUGGUUUAUACAACAGGUGGUUCGUGCUGUUCGAGGUUUUAAUAUGGCGGAUCGCAAUAUUGGGGCUGUUACAACCGGUAGUCGCUCUAAUAGUGGCCGUUGUGCUGUGUCCAUUAUGCGCACUCAUACUGCUUGUAGGCGGUGUAUCGUGGUGGGGUUUACGCGGCGUAUGGGAGUGGGCCACGUGGCGGGCGGUGAUAGCCCGUGCGGCCCGCGUUCCCGCGCAUGACUCCGCCUUCUGCCGCCGCGUCAACGGGCCCGGCUUGCACACACGCACCUACUAUCAGAUCACAUGUGCCCAAGCGGUGGCGGCAGUGGUGGCUCGCGCCGAACUAGAAGUGUUAUCCACUUGGGCGGCCGAAGUGGAACUCGCCAUUGAGAGGCCUUUAAGGGAUUACGCUCACUUCGUGGACGCAUGCUUCGGACCGUUCUCCGUGCAAAUAGCCAAAACGGGCUCGUAUAAGCAGCUAGAAAAGGAAUGUUCCGAUCUGUCGAUGUCGCUCCGGGAGAAAGUGUCCCAAAGACGACGGGACCUGGCGCUGGGGCUCAGCGACACGGCGAGAGCUCGCGUGCGGAUGACUACGCACGACUUGAGGCGUUGUGUCCAAGCGGCGGCGGCUGAGGUGUCGCGGGUGUUGAUGGGCGCGGGCCGCAGCGACGAGUGGUGGGCGGCGCGCGGCCUCGAGCCCGCCGACUGGCACGCGCUCGCCGCCAACAUGCUGGUGGAGGUGUUCGACGCGGAGAUUCUAGUGGCGCUAGAAGAAGGCGAGGCCCGCGUGGCGCUAGAGGCGGGCGAGGGGGCGCGAGUGUGGGCGGCGCGCUGCCCCCGCCCCCACGACCCGCCCGACGUGCUAGCCGAGCGGGACGACUGGCGACCCGACACUGGUAUGUGGGGCGAAUGGGGCGGAACUCCCGCUCCUCGCGUGCCCGCUCCGGUCCUGGAGCUUGGCGCGUUCAACCCGCGCGCGGCGCUGCAGCCGCCCGUGCCCGUGCCCGCGUGUGUGGCGCUAGUGCUGCACAACAGGGAAUCCGACAACCCUGUGCCUUUAGACUCGGAGCUGUGUGCUGAGAUAUUGAAAACUCUCGAAGACGCGCCAGAUUGCGACGACAGGAGAGAAUGUGUGGUGCGAUACCGGGGAGGGGCUAGUGAAGAAGGCACCAGUUCCUCUGCGAGCGAGGACUCACCCACAGACAUAGAGCAUGUGCCACAAGAAGAAAGCCUCUGCAGGGUAUCUCCAAGCACGGAGCGAGCAGCUUGCCGUUGGACCCUGACCGGGCGCGGAGUUAGACUGCGCGCCGACCUCGCCAGUCCCGAGGACGUGACCCUCGAUGCAGACCGCCACGUCGGUACCUCCGUCUGAAUCUUAACCCGAGUGAGCAAGGUCCAAAAUCGCGCGCCUACUAACGACAGCAUCUCAGUGAGUCUUCUUGGAAGAUACUUCAUCGCUAGGUUUAAAAAAGCGCUAUAUCCGAAGACUAUAUCUUAGUAAGCUAACACGUUCUUUGCGUAUCUCGUUUGAAGCUAGAGACCCGUCUGAAUCCUAACCUAAGUGAGCAUGGUCCAAAUUCGCGCGCCUACUGACGACUGCACCUCAGUGAGUCUCCUUGGAAGAUACUUCAUAACUAGGUUUAAAAUCGCGCUCCAUCCGAAGACUAUAUCGCAGUAAGCUAACACUUUCUUUGCGUAUCUCGUUUGCAACUAGGGACCCGUCUGAAUCUUAACCCAAGUGAGUAAGGUCCAAAAUCGCGCGCUUCCUGACGACUGCAUCUCAGUGAGUCUUCUUGGAAGAUACUUCAUCACUAGGUUUAAAAUCGCGCGCCAUCCGAAGACUAUAUCGUAGUUAGCUAACAUGUUAUUUGCGUAUCUCGUUUGAAUCUAGAAACCCGUCUGAAUAUUAACCCGAGUGAGCAAGGUCCAAAAUCGCGCGUCUACUAACGACUACACCUCAGUGAGCUAACACGUUCUUAGCAUAAUCUCGUUCGAAGCUUGGAAGAUACUCGAUCGCUAGGUCCAACCGAUAACUAUAUCCCACCAAACACACGUUCUUAGCGUGUCUCGUUCGAAGCUAGGGAGGUAACUCAUUACUAGGCCGACCCUGCGUCGGUACCUCCGUCUGAACCUUAAACUAACUGAUCAAGGUUCAAAAUCGCGCGUCAACUGACUACUAUAUAUUGCAGUAUGCUAUCACGUUCACAGCGUCUCUUGUUCGAAACUAUGGAGCAUACCUCAUCGCUAGGCCGGCUCACGUCGGUACAUCCGUCUGAACCUUAACCCGAGUGAACAAGCUCCAAAAUCGCGCGGCAACUUACGCCUGCGCCUCAGUGAACUAACACGUUCUUUGCAUAUCUCGUUCGAAUUUUGAAAGGUACUUCAUCGCUUGGUCCAAAAUACUGACGACUACAUCUCAGUGAAAUAACAUCGUUGAAGCUUGGAAGAUGCUUCAUCGCUAGAUUAGUGCUUCCGUCUGAACCUUAACUCCUGCGAACAAGGGCCUAAAUGUCACGCCUACUGACGAAUGCACCUCAGUGAGUUAACGCGUUCUAUGUAUAUCUCAUUCGAAUAUACUUCAUCGCAAGGUCCUACUAUUUCACAGUAAGCUAACACGUUCUUAGCGCAUCUAGUUCGACACGAGAGAGUACCUCAUCACUAGGCUGGCCCAUCGGUACCUCCGUCUGAACUAUAACACAAGUUAACAAGGUCUAAAGUCGCGCGCCAACUGACGACUACAUCUCAGUGAACUAACUCUUUCGAAGUUUGGGAGAUACUUCAUCGCUAGUUUGGCACUUCCGUCUAAACAUUCACUCAGCGAACAAGGUCUAAAAUCGCGUGAUCUGUAGACUGCGCCUCAGCGAGCUAACUUAUGUUAGAUUAAAUUGCAAAAUUGCUGGGAUAUGCAAAGAUUAUUCUUUGCAUAUCCCAGCUUCAAAGCCAUAAAGUUCAAAUUCGUGCGAUUUUCAGUACAGCUUUAGUAGUAGUAGGUGUUUUUAUUAUCACGAGACUACACUGUUAUUGAUUUCAUAAUAGUUCUUAUCACGAUGGUUAGUAAUCCAUCAUUCGAACAGAGUCAAAUGUGUUGCUGUCAUAAGGUUCAGAAACGAACGCUGUCUAAAAUAUACACACUUUUUAACUUUUGAAUACUACAGCUGAAUUGAUACAGAACUGACCUAUAAAGCUUAAUAUCGAGACCAAAAUAUCUCUUCAAUACAAAUAGCAUAACUUGUCUCAAUUGUGCUGCGGUUGUAAAAACUUGCGAAUAUUAGGGCAUUGAAGGUUAAUUACGACAAAACAUUAAUAUUAAUAAAGUCUAUCCUAGGUUUGAUUAGUGCAGCUUUUCUUGACCUUGACUCCAUGAAGCAAAAUAAGGCCUAAAUUUAAUUUAGACAUGUAUUUCGAACCUUGCUGUUGAAUAAGUAACUUUCUAUGUGGUUUAUGUCAAAAUUAACAAGAAAUUCCACCGCCGUUAUAGGUGCACACUACAAUGCAAUUAAUUAUUGUUUUUCGGGAGAUAUUUAAAACUAGAAAUUGCCUUUGGGCAAGCAAUUUUUUAAAUAGAAACUAUACUGAAAAUUGGAACUAAGCUUCCAGUAAUAAGGUCGUCAAUCGCUACUUAUCUCGACGCUUAAAUAUUUGUGAUAUACCUAGUACCAUGUAGGUUUGAUAGCGUCCAUUGAAACAAUUAUUCGCUGUAAUUGUAUGUGUGUGAAGAUAACUUUCUAUUAGUUAUUUAGAAACGUGGUGAAUCGUCGCUUCGUAGUCUAUGCAUUAAGCCUUAUACUAUAUACAAAAUGAAAUAGCGCCUAUUUUCAAAAUCUAAAAACUAAAUUGAAAUUAUAGAUUAUGAUUCUGAUAUAAAUAAUAUAAUUAUAAGAAAUGAAUUCUGACGGCUAGAUAUGGCUAAUAAGCUAAUAAGAUUCAAUCUGUACAAAGUGCACUUUAGUGAUAAGGCUUCAUGAAUUUGUUUCACAUUGUCGACUUUAAAGCGAAAAUUACUGGCCUAUGUUUAUUGAACCAUUGCAUUCAAUCUUGUCAGCUUAUGGAAAAACUCUAUACUUAAAUCUAAAGAAAAGUUAACUAGAAAAAAAUCCACGCAGACCAGGCAGCGGACGGGACUCGAACCCGCAUCCUUCGCAAUCCGGGCGAAUGCACUGACUUUUUCUAGUAAACUUUUCUUUAGAUUUAAACAUCUAGCAGUUAAAUGCUUAAAAAAUAAAUAAAAACAUAACUCUAUACUUACUUUUAAAUAAUUAUGUACAAAAUAGUACAUAUAUUCCUUUUCACUAAUUAUGUUGUUCAAACAUUUACAUAAACAGAUAUUUGUUGUCAUAAUGCAUAUUCGACAUGAAGUAAGGUUAACGAUGUAAAGCAACUUGGUAUGCAUUGGGUGACUCACUCUUUGGAUGUGUUUUCGUACGAAAACUAUGCGUACUUAACAACGGGCUUAAAGGUUCUAUGGGAGCGCGCACACGAUAUGAAAAUUAAUAGAAAGUAACGAUCUUGCAGUUCUAUUUUCAGAAAAUUGAGACUGAAUUGAUGGAACCAAUACCAAACCAAAUGUAAAUAGCAAUACCUGAAAACGGUCCCAUCAAUCCAGUCGCAGUUUCCUUUAAAAGGUGAAAGAACAUAAUAAUAUGGAAAAACUAUUUUUAUGGAACUGAAAAAGAUUACUUAUAUAAAAAAAAUCGAAAUGAUUACGUCCAAUUAAAAGAUUAUAAAGAAAAUUCGUUUCAUUGAAUGUUAGUUCAUAAUUCAUAUUACCUAUUUAGAUGAAGCAUAGGUUAUAUGAACUAACAUUUAAUGCAAUCCAUUCAAUCAUAAGUCGUUAACCACCUUUAAACAAAAAAGGCGCAGAUUCGACAUAUUUUGGAUAAGAUUACCCGAAAUAUAAGUAAUUGUGCCAGUUUAACAGCGAGAAACUACGUAAUACUACAUUCGUUACUCUCCGUUCAUAGUUCUUCCUACCACAGUGGCGCCAGCUAGUGCCGUUUAUUUUCCUAGUUGAAUGCGUAGGGAAACGCAUCCAAAGUAGAAACUGCCUAAAAGUGCUGAAAAAGUUGAGCAUUCUAUUGUAACAGAACAUCGAGCAUUCGGCGUUUAUUAAUUUGUCAAAUUUAACAACGAACAGGGGGCCAUUCGCCUAACGGGAUUGCUUUGGAAAACGCUAUCGCUUACGAUUUCAUUUUGUUAUUUCUGACCGCCGAAGGUAUUCAAAUAUCUCAAGCUCAUUUUCUUUAAUAUUGUUAUUACCAAUGCAAAAGAAAAAAAAAGAGCGCGAGACAUUUGAAAACCUCAGGCGACUAGAAAUAACAAAAUGAAAACGUAAGCGAUAGCGUUUUCCAAAGCAAUCCCGAUAGGCGAAUGGCCCCCUGAGCCAAGCAUAGAGCCAAACAUUGCUACGAACAUUUUCAUGAUCUUUCUAGCGAACAUUGAUGCUCGUCAAAAAUAUUCUUGACUUGACUGUCGAGUGUUCUACAUUUACAUAGUUAUGGGUUAUAUUAAAAAAGGGGAGACGGCGGUCAUCCAAUGACAGAACCUCUGCUCGGCAAAAAGCUUGAAGCAAAUUUACUGUCCUUCCGCUAUAAUGCUCACCAGAACUUUCGAUGGAAUGCUCGCUAAAACGCUCUCGUUUAUUUUUCUGUAAUGCAAAAUUCGCAUUACAAGUGAAUGCUCAAGCUUAUCAGUACCUUUACGCGUUCAAUUGCUAGUUUAGUGAUGGUAAAGGUGGAAUUGAAGACUUGGAUUCGUACCACGGUUCAAGUGCGCUUGUUAUAAACAACGAUAGUACCUAUGCGUAUUGUAAAAUUGUAAGUUUGAAACCUGUUUGACAUAGACUAGGGUUUAUAGAUGUAUAUUUCUAAUGAUAGUUUAGGUCGUCGAACGUUUUAGCACAUUAUUUUAUUGGCAUUUAAAUAAGGGAUCUCUUGAUGAAAUUACGUCUUUUUUAUUUUUGCAUUAUACCUAACUUACAUUAGCACAAAUACUUUUAUGUUUAAGUAUACAAAAUGUAAUGUUAAGGAAACUGAUGGUUUAUCGGAUAUAAAUCUCAACCGCAUUUAUUUUUCGCUAUUUUUUGGAUUUUAACAUAUUAGUGGCAUGGUUGAGUGGUAUCUAUUCAUGCUUUCAUUCAUGAAAUGAACACUGCUUAGUUAGAGACUGAAUAAUUGGUUUAAAACAUGAAAUUGCUAAUUUAUUUCUCGUGCCAUCGUCAUAAUAAAAUUUGUAUCAAGCUACGUAAAUUAUAUAAUUUUUAUAUGCAAUAGAAUAUGGAUUUAAAAUAUGAGCCUUUUAAGACUAUUUUUAUUAUUUUGUAGCGUUGUGAUUGAAAAAUCUCAUUUUUAUAUUUAAGUUUCAUGUAGGUAAUGACAGAACUUAUCAUGAAUUUUGUAUAUGAUGUAAAACUUCGUCACCAAAACAAAAAUAUCGUAAACUGUGUCGGUAAUUUGAUGGACGAGACACUUAUAUUUAUUAACAUUAUGUAUUUUGCAUGUAGAUAUUAAGCUUCUUUUUGUUAAUGAAUUGUUAAACUGGGAAGGGUAGGUUGCCAUUGUAAAACGUUUUCACAAAUCAAAAUGACCCGUACCACCGUUGGAUAGGGUAUAGAUUUGUGAAGUCAUUCAUGCUCAUUCUUAUGUUCAAUGGGAAUCCAGUUUAGCCACGUUCCUGUUUGUCACAUUUAUGUAUUAUUAUUAAAAUCUCUAACAAGGCUUCUGAACUUUACGCAAAGCAGUGUUUCUUUUAGCUGUUGUAAAAUAGUGCCUACAUAGUUGUAUGAUAGAAUAGCCUACUUCCACCUUAUAGUGUUAUAACGAGUUAAGCUAAAUCUUUUCUGAAAACAAAUGUAGCUUAAAAUAUCUUAUAGUAUUGAACUGGAACAAACUACUCCUACUAACUAAGAAAGUAUCCCGGCUGGUUCCGGACAAUACCCCAUCGAUAGAUAUGGUUACCUUAAUAAUAAUUCGCAUUUUUGCAACACUUCACUUGCCUAUUCGUGUUUGUUAUUUGUAAGCUUGACAUCUGUCUGUUCUUUCCCUUCCUUCUAAAGAAUGAUCAGGACAGACUGUUGUCAAGUUUACAAAUAGCAAAUACGAGUAGACAAGAGAAGUGCCAGCAUUUGACAAAUCAGAGAUAACACGAUUGAUGUCAUUCGAAAAAUUCGUAUGAAAGACACUGUUUCGAUACCGGAAUAUUAGUAAGUAUUCGACUCGAGGGCAUAAAUAAGUUAUAAUAGAAGUUGUAUUGUUCCACAUAUAUAUUAUAUAGUAGGUAUUUCGUGUCUUUUUGAAAAGUAUCCAUCACGCGAACAACUUUUUCAAAAACUUACCUGUUAACAAAAAAGUGUAUAAAGUAAAAUAUCUGUUGUGUACAAAUUUAAAAUAUAUUUGGUAUAUUAUAAAACAAAGCAAAUAAUGAUAAUGAAUACUGCCCAAGACGUAUGACUAUUACAAAUGUCAUUGCCUAGGUACUUGUAGGGGAAAGUAAAUAAUUUAGUUCAUUGUGCCUCGAAUUAGUAACAAAGAUGUCGUUAUUUGUAAGUGCUGAUGCUCCGAGUUAACUAAAUGCCUAAAAAACAAACUUCAUCUACUUAAAAAGUGCUGAAUAAACUAAACAUUUUCAGUUUAAGUCUUCAUUUAAAUUCUUGAAGUGAAAAAGUAGAAUCGCCUUUUUUAUUUAUUAUGUAACAUUACUGUUUAACUAAAAGUAACUUAUGUAUUGUGCUAACGAAAAAACAUAGUUAUCUAUCAUGUUUUUUAAGUAGCAACCGCCCAAGUAUCGUACAUGACACUGCUCUCUAUGACAAAUUGAAAUAUUAAUUUUUAUAAAAUAUUCUGAAUCAGUAUAUUCGAACAGUAGUCUGUCUACCGAUUACGAAGAGAAUGUUCCAACGAAUUUUUAAAACAAUUUCGAUCAAGAUUUUUCCAGAAAUAUGAAGUUGUUAUUGUAUCUUAGGAGGUGAAAUAUUUUGUAGUGUCUAAUUUUACGUUCCGCUCAUGGUAGCAAUUUGAGUGGAUGGUUUGUUAAACCAAAAAUUUAUUUUCUAUUAUCUAAAAGGAAAAAUAAACGAAUCUCGAUUAAUAUCAUUAAAAUUGUUUUUAAAAUAAAAGACUAGCGUUCCUAGCAUAAAGACUAGCCAUGACGACGGGGUAAAUUAAACGAAAUUCUAUUUAGUCCGACAGGUACAUUUUCAAAAAGUAAUUUACAAUAAUUUUUCGCUUGUCAAUCAACAAAAACUAGCAUAGAUAAAGCGCGUCAAAGUUUGAUAGCGGGGGGUGACGUCACUUCCAAGUAAAAAUUGUACCAAGAAGUGACGUCAUGCGACAUUUCCAAUCUAUAUAGGUAGUAUAUCUCUGUAAUGUUUUGACUGUGUGAUAAAAGAACAAACACGUGUCCAAUACUUUUACAUAAUCUACUUGACAGACGAAGAAAAAACCAGUCAUCAUCCCUAUUUCAAAUUACUGUUAGUCUGAGAUCCGACGAUAAAAAAUAUUAUAUUUUAAAAUAGACAGAGGUCCAGUCUUUUAUGAACUCAAAUUGCUAUUAGAGCGAAAAGCAGACAGGAAGAUACAGAUGUAAAUGAUACAAUUUAUCGCAUUUCCUAGAAUAGAGUUUGAACGUUGUUGCAAUAUAUAAGAGACCAUGACCUUAAGCUUUAGUUAGAUUAGGUUAGGCUAGAUUAUUUAUUAAAAGUUCUUCUAUUACGGUGGAAACGUGCGAAGUAACGGCGAAUUGAACAUUGUAAUAUCUAUAAUGUAGUAUGUACCUUAUAGUAGAGGAGCCCACGAUGCUAAAUAGGGAUUGUCUGAUCGGCUGCCCUGGACGUUCGGAACUAUUUAAAGGGCUUAGGUAUGGUAGGAAUACUUCACAAGAUGCAAGAUUGCUCCCCUUUUGUUAAUCUGCCGGGCUCGAAUAAAUCCCUAAAUCCCCGCUUUGGCUCCCCUACUAUUAGUAAUUAUCUUUUUUUUCGUUUAUAUGUCAGUCAAACUGCCUAAAUUUGAAUAUAUCUACUGAAAAUUGACGAACGGGCAUAAAUUUAUAUAAAUAAGAAAAUAUACAAAACCCUAUCUACGUUUUAUCGAUAUAAGUAUAAUAAGAAGUUUUCAUGACUACCCACAAUUGUUAAUUCUCAGUGGGAUUUCAACCAGCGAUAGGUAUAUUUUCUGCGUUUCCUUGUCUACGGAAUGUAAUAAACAGAACUUUUUGUAUAUAGGUAUGGCAAAUAAAGUUGCCUGUAACAAAUAACUGAUAAAGUACCACGUUUGUUUGGUACUACGAACACUUGUUUUAUUUUAUUUAAUAAUAAGGCCUAAACGAAACUGAAUUGACACAUAAAUUCAAGUAAUGCAAAUGGGAGUUCUUGUAAUAAUCAAUUGAUAGGAUCAUCAUACUUGCUCAUCUUUAGUUCUUAAAACAUUAUUUAAGUAGAACCCUAGUCCUAAGAAUGUCACAAAAUAAUAUUUAUUUUCUAAAGUUGUACUAAUUUUAGUCUUAGUUAAACCUUAUUACCUUUACUCAGAGGCGGUUAUUCAAUUCUCAGUUAAACCCAUUACGUAUCCGAUUCACUGAAACUGCAUUUAAUGGCGGUAUAUAAUAUAAAAAAAACAUUUAUGAGUUGUAUUUGUGAAUUGAAAAUCAUCCUCCUAUUUUUGCCAAAGGAAUAAAUAUUUCGUCAGACAUAAUACAUUGUUGUAAUUAGUAUAAUUUUAUGCUGUUACUGUGCAAAAGAACAAGACAGUUAAAAGAAUCUCCACAUUUUUUUAAUUAAGUCUCAACAGUUAAAAGCUUUAACAGACCAAUGAAACAUUGGACUGGAAAUUUACCCAAUUUCUUAAAAUCUGAGUAAAUACUAAGUGUCAUACAGUCUCUUUUAAUAAAUGUUCUAAUUUGAUAACGAAACCAUAAAGUACCUAAUUUUAAUAGCACUUAAGUUUAUCUUUGUUAUUUUAUAAAUAGACUCACUUUUUUAUAACCCUGAUGCAUUAUAUUUCGGCAGCUUUUCAACAAUUUCAAAUCAUCCGUCCUCACUAACUAAUAUUUUAUUAAAUACUCAAAAGGCGUGCUGAAGAGAAGCGAUUAAGCUUUGACUUGAUGAUACAAAUUAAGGAAUACUUAUUUUUUUAGUAUACUACUUUAACAAGAUUUAUG